CUCCCGCCCGGCUCCGGCCCGGCCCCGGCGGGGAGGCGGCGGCCGGACCCCGCGGCGGCCCCGCCAUGGCAGAUGGACCCUCGCACCACGCGAGCUGCUUCCGAAGGCUGACCGAGUGCCUGCUGAGCCCCAGUUUGACAGAUGAAAAAGUGAAGACAUAUCUUUCUCUUCACCCUGAGAUAUUAGAUGAAUUUGUAUCUGAAAGUGUUAGUGUGGAGACGGUAGAGAAAUGGCUGAAGAGGAAGAAUAACAAAGCAGAAGACGAGCCGGUGCCUAAGGAAGUCAGCCGGUACCAAGAUACGAACAUGCAGGGAGUCGUGUAUGAACUGAACAGCUACAUCGAGCAGCGGCUGGACACGGGCGGGGACAACCAGCUGCUGCUGUACGAGCUGAGCAGCAUCAUCAGAACAGCCACAAAAGCGGAUGGAUUUGCACUGUAUUUCCUUGGCGAGUGCAAUAAUAGCCUGUGCGUGUUCACGCCCCCUGGCUUCAACGAGGGCAAACCCCGGCUCAUCCCCGCGGGGCCCAUUGCCGAUGGCACCACCACCUCCGCCUUCGUGGCCAAGUCCCGGAAGACGCUGCUCGUGGAAGACAUCCUUGGGGAUGAACGAUUUCCAGGCGGUACUGGACUGGAAUCAGGGACUCGGAUCAAGUCUGUUCUCUGUUUGCCGAUCGUCACGGCGAUUGGCGACCUGGUAGGCAUCCUGGAGCUGUACCGGCACUGGGGCAAGGACUCCUUCUCCCUGCGCCAGCAGGAGGUGGCCACAGCGAACCUCGCCUGGGCGUCGGUCGCCAUUCACCAGGUGCAGCUAUGCAGAGGCCUCGCCAAACAGACUGAGCUGAAUGACUUUCUACUCGACGUGUCAAAAACGUAUUUUGAUAACAUAGUCGCCAUAGAUUCUCUACUGGAACACAUAAUGAUUUAUGCCAAGAACCUGGUGAACGCCGACCGCUGCGCCCUCUUCCAGGUGGACCACAAGAACCAGGAGCUGUACUCGGACCUCUUCGACAUCGGGGAGGUGAAGGAGGGCAGGCCCGUCUUCAAGAAGACCAAGGAGAUCAGGUUUUCCAUUGAGAAAGGGAUUGCUGGCCAGGUAGCGAGGACGGGGGAAGUGCUGAACAUUCCGGAUGCCUACGCAGACCCGCGCUUCAACAGGGAGGUGGACCUGUACACGGGCUACACCACACGCAACAUCCUGUGCAUGCCCAUCGUGAGCCGAGGCAGCGUGAUCGGCGUGGUGCAGAUGGUGAACAAGAUCAGCGGCAGCGCCUUCUCCAAAACGGACGAGAACAACUUCAAGAUGUUCGCCGUCUUCUGUGCGUUAGCCUUGCACUGUGCCAACAUGUACCACCGGAUCCGCCACUCGGAGUGCAUCUACCGCGUGACCAUGGAGAAGCUGUCCUACCACAGCAUCUGCACGGCCGAGGAGUGGCAGGGCCUCAUGCGCUUCACGCUGCCCGGGCGCCUCUGCAAGGAGGUGGAGCUGUUCCACUUUGACAUCGGUCCCUUUGAGAACAUGUGGCCUGGGAUUUUCGUCUACAUGAUCCAUCGCUCCUGUGGGACGUCCUGCUUUGACUUUGAGAAGCUGUGCCGCUUCAUCAUGUCUGUGAAGAAGAACUACAGGCGAGUGCCCUACCACAACUGGAAGCAUGCGGUGACAGUGGCGCACUGCAUGUAUGCCAUCCUGCAGAACAACCUGGGGCUCUUCUCCGACCUGGAGCGCAAAGGACUGCUCAUCGCGUGUCUGUGCCACGACCUGGACCACAGGGGCUUCAGCAACAGCUACCUGCAGAAGUUCGACCACCCGCUGGCCGCACUCUACUCCACAUCCACCAUGGAGCAGCACCACUUCUCCCAGACCGUGUCCAUCCUGCAGGUGGAAGGGCACAACAUCUUCUCCACCCUGAGCUCCAGCGAGUACGAGCAGGUGCUCGAGAUCAUCCGCAAAGCCAUCAUCGCCACGGACCUCGCCCUCUACUUCGGCAACCGGAAGCAGCUGGAGGAGAUGCACCAGACGGGCUCGCUGAACCUCAACAACCAGUCCCACAGAGACCGCGUCAUUGGCUUGAUGAUGACUGCCUGUGACCUUUGUUCUGUGACGAAGCUGUGGCCGGUUACAAAGUUGACGGCCAACGACAUUUAUGCAGAGUUCUGGGCUGAGGGCGACGAGAUGAAGAAGCUGGGGAUACAGCCCAUCCCCAUGAUGGACCGGGACAAGAGGGAUGAGGUCCCACAAGGCCAGCUCGGCUUCUACAACGCGGUGGCCAUCCCCUGCUAUACCACCCUCACCCGGAUCUUCCCGCCCACGGAGCCGCUCCUCAGAGCCUGCAGGAACAACCUCAUCCAGUGGGAGAAGGUGAUCCGCGGGGAGGAGACCUCAUCCUGGGCCUCGUCCCCGCCGACGGCCCCAGGCCCCAUGGAGCAGAAGCUGUCUGUGAAGAUGGAGGACUGAUGGCCCGGGAGCUGUCCCACACAGACACUCCUCUUGCUUCUGUGACUUUUCUACCUUUUAUUUUUGUGGGGGAAACCUACACCUGGCGCCCAGAUGCCAGCCUCGUGCAGAAGGUCCCAUCAAGUGACUCCGCCCCCCAGCUGACACCUGCCAGUCUCACCCUCGCCGCGGACGGCGACCGCGGGGACGGGCCUGGCCUACCGGCUGACACUGCUGACGCCUUACUGGGGACGACUCGCUCUUCACAAAGGGUGCUUUGCCGCCGGUCUUGUAGUGAGGGUUGGAAACGGUACUAUUACGGCAGUGUACUCUGGCUCUCACUGUCGCUUCAGUGUUGUUGGCUAUAAAUAGGAGUUUCACGCAUUCGAUUGUGGUGUCUGUGCGUGGCUGCCUGUGAUGGGCGUGCGCAGCAGGCAGCCGCAGGCCCCAGGCCCCCCAGCUUCCCGCGGACCAUGUCCUCACAGCGAGGGAGGAGUGGGCUCUGGAGCGCGCUCUGCUUGUGGCAGAGGCAGCCUGCAGCGGAAGCAGCCUUCCCUCCCGGGGAGGAGGUGCCUGGCUGAGGGCAGGCUCGGAGCCAUGCAGGGGUGCAAAGGGCAUUUGCGGCCUUGGCACAGUACGGCAUUUUGCAGAGAACAAAAUAAAGCAAGGCAUGUGCAUCUUUUUAGCAGACAGGCUUCUGUGGGGUAAAAUGUUGAGUUUUGAAUGAUGAUUUAUUUAUAGUUUCAUUUUGGGUCGUGGCAGAAGUUUAGGUCCACAUUCAUAUUGAAAGGCUGUUUCCUUCAUUACCAUUGAUUUCUCCCAAAUCAAGUUAAACCUAGAACUUCUCUCCAUUUCCUGCCGCUUGCCACUUCAGCGCUCAGGUCCCAGCCUCCUGCUGCCCUUGUCCUCCCCAGCUGCGUGUCAGGACGGGAAGGAGCCAGAGCGAGGGCUGGAGUGGAUUUCUUUUUUAAAAUAUAUUUUUACUGAUUUCAGAGAGGAAAGGAGAGGAGGGAGAGAGAGAGAGAAACAUCAGUGAGGAGAGAGAAUCAUUGAUCGGCUGCCUCCUGCAUGCCGCCUAUUGGGAAUCGAACCUGUAACCUGGGUACUUGCCCUAAAUAGGAUGGAACCGUGACCUCCUGGUUCAUAGAUCAACACUCAACCACUGAGGCACCCAGCCAGGCUGGGGCUGACUCCUGUCUUCUCUGCUCAGCGCCCAACAUCCACAGAGUCCUGUGUGUGAGCUCCUGCAUAGCCUCUGGCGGACUCCCAUCAUGCCAAGUGUAAAUGUUUGUGAGAAAUCUACAAAAGGAACAGCCUGGACCCCCACAGGAUGCCGAGCUGAGCAGGGCACCCCCGGGGGACGUGGUGCUGCCGUGGCUUUCAGUCACGGUCACUGUGGGGUCGGAUCCGGUGGAAUUAGCUGGAGGCCACAGUGUGACAGGCUGGUCCAUGCCCAGUAGCGAGUCCCCUGGUCCCGGGCCAGGAAGCCAGAAUGAGGCCAUUCCUAACGGAGAUUUUUAAAUGUCCGUCUACAGAUGCCAUGCUGUGCACACGGUGGUCCAUAGGAGCUUGGUUCUUGUGAAGAUAAGCCAGUUGUUUCUACAGCAUGGUUUAUUUACGUGGGGCAGAGAGCUGUGCAUAAACUUUGUUCUUUAAAAUUAACACUAUGUGUUCAAUUUCCUCACGGGGUGGGGGAGUUAUGGAUGUGGGCGCCUCCCCUCCUCAGAGCCCCGUCUGCUGUUGUAAUUUUACAAUAUGAGGGAGGGCGGAACAGCUGGAGAGAGAAAGGCCACUCUGGCUAGAUACACCGGUGUGUGUAGCUUUACACUCCUGUACAUAUGUAGAUACACACUUGUAUGUAGACACAUGUGAGAGCGAGAGAGAAGCAACCACGCG